AUGUUUUACAGCCGAGACAUUCUUCAGAAAAAGGGUGGACAGUUUGGAAAGAUAUGGCUAGCUGCAACCAAAGUGUCUAAACUAACCAGAAGAGAAGUGGCAGGCAUCAAUGUAAAGAAAAGCUGCCAUGACAUUGUACAGUACAUCAGGAGAAGAGUUCGACAGGGCACAUCUGGGAAGAGAUUAGAUUUUUCUCUGUACUUGUCAGCUCAGCUCAUGUACGGUGUUGUGCUGGUUCAUCAAAAGCAUGCAGAAUUUCUACUUGGUGAUGUCACAACCACCUUUAUCAGAGUAAGAGGCCAUGCUGCCAAGCAAGUACAAGAAAUCAACCUUGCAGAACCAAAUGCAGAUCUGGUGACCAUUCCGGAGGUUCUGAGUCUAGAGGAAGAUAGGUUUGACCAGGGCCUCACAGCUGCUGAAAUAGACGCCCUUCUUGCAGUCCCUGUCAAAGAUACUGACUUCUGGAAGCUUGACAGUUCUGUGGAAAUUGUACCAGGCACUCCACCAUCAGCAGAUCCAAAGCGCACUAAACCUACAAGAAAACGCAAGCACAAGGAUGAAAUAAGGGAUGAUAUGGUUGGCAGUCAGGGGGUGGGGGAGGGACCCCAAGUGUCCAGCAUUGAGGACAUUACCAUGAAGGAGGUGCCCUCCUUUGUAACAGACCCUCUUCUCUCCCCACAAAGACAGAUACCAGAAGAGCAGGACCUGCCCAUGAUGACAGGUGAAGACCUUGCCCAGCUGUUGGGUGUCCCGGAGGAGCCCCUCCCCCCAGGGCCAGACCAGAUGCCCACGAGCACCCCUGCACAUGGCGGUCCUCAUCCCAGGACUAACAUUGAGAGCCCGAUUCUGUCACAGACUUUAGCCAACCUUACCCCAGAGCGUGUUAUAGUUCCUGGAAUUCCUGAGGUCCCGGAGAUGAGAAAUGCUCCUCCUUCACCUGGUGUCACACAGUUAGGCAGCCCGCAACAAAAUCAAGUCAGGCCGCGUGAAUCAUUACAGCUAGAACUAGCUCCUGUCACCCCUAGUCCAGGCAGUAAAAGACGCCGCAAACAGCUUACAUUUGCCGAUACAGAGACACAAAUCUCCCGAGCCAAGAUGAGAGAAAACAUGGAAACCACCUCUAACAUUAUAGAACCAUUCGUGUUGAAGGAUUUCAAAGGAACAGAUGCAAAUGAGCUGCUGGCCAAAUCUGCAGAUAAAGCCCUUCACAAAGAGCCAUGGCUGUCAAUGUGGAAAAAGACGGCUGUGUUUCGACGCAACAUCCCGGAGAAUCUGUUGUCUCAUGCUGUGACCCCCCCACAUGAGAUCCCCGAAAUCCAACUUGAGAUUGAACAAAUGCAGCAGGCAGGGAUACCCCAGGAAACACUACAGCCGCCUGAGCAGCACUCCCUGGUUGAAGGCUUGUCACUUGUUGAUGAGAACAGUCGACUGUUGAGAGUGGAUGAGACAAGCUUACUGCAGGCGCAGCUAUCUCCAGUCAUGGCCCCACCUCCACAUGAGCCAAAACGUGGCAGGAAACGAUCAAGUGUUGACAAGUCCAUUGAGGAAAUGAGAAAGAUCGCAUCAUUGUCCGAGUCUGGGGCGAGGAUAGGAGACAUUUCCCUGACAGACAUGGAAAAGUCCACACAGGAAGGAGAGCGGACAAGGACCUCCACAAAGCGUAGGACACUCUCCACUUCCCAGCCGAUUUUUGAGGAUGUUCCCACCCAAACCCCCUCUGUCAGUUCUUUCCACACAUCUUCGACGGGCAGUCGGGUGCUGUUUGAUGUCGUUGAAGAGCCACUGUUUCCUUUCAUUGCGGUGCCCAUACGGGAGGAGGUUGCAGAUACAGGCUUCCUGAUGGACAUGAUCAGCUCCAUAGAGCAACAACUUGGUGUGGAGCAAGAGGACUACACAACGUUUGCUGACAUCUGUCCGCCAGAAGAGGUGGACAGGAAAACUGCAGCCACCAAAUUCCAUGGCCUCCUUGAGUUGUGUGCCCGUAGACGAAUCAAAGCCACUCAGGAUGAGAGCUAUGGGGAAAUCCAAAUACGCCUUGCAGAAUAGAAAACAAACAUAUAAACAAGCUGCAAUAUGGGGC